ACUCACUCACUCCCAAGCCCAUUCAAUUCUAACACCAAUGCAUCACUACGCGUAUUCCUUGCUCUUCCUUGGAAUUUGCGCCACCGUCUGGAUGGUCGUUUCGUCGGCGCCAACGGCGGAGGCAGGAGUGGUGGGAAUGGAGAUGGCGUGGAUGCCGUUGGUGGAAGAGGAGUCGGAAUUGGAGAUGGACAGCGAGAUCAACCGGCGCAUUUUAGCGAGCAAAAGGUACAUAAGCUACGGAGCGAUGCGGAGAGACACUGUGCCGUGUUCUCGCAAAGGAAACUCUUAUUACAAUUGCCAGCCUGGCGCGCCGGCCAACCCUUACCAGCGAGGCUGCAGCGCCAUUACCAGGUGCAGGCGCUAGCUCUAUUUUCUCUCUCUUUUCUCUCAAGAGGAAAAUUCAUAUGUUCAUGCUUAUUAUGCACUUUUCCUCUUCAAAUAAUAAUAAUUAU